GUUGCUAUCUAAAGCUAUUCGAGUUACUAGGUUUAAAUUCUUUGUCUUAUAAAUUAUUUAAUAUGGAAACAGAAGCAGACAUCUUUGCAGACUCAGACACAGAGACAGAGAUUGAGUUAACAGACAGGGACAGCGUAAUUACAAUUGUAUGCAGUGCUAGCAAAGAGAAGCUUACAAAUCCCUGGCGACGUAAAUCUCAGUUUAGCCUACAGGCUGAAGUGCGUAUUGAAAAGACCUCAGAGAGCUUACCAGCGCAGAGAGGGGUACUAAUCGAAGAGGGUAUUGUGGAAUAUUCAAAUAUACUCGAUGUGGUGGAACGAACUAUUGAAGUUAUUGGAGACUGCAGCGAUCAAUAUGUGGCGUCCAAUGCGCAGCAGUCGCAAAUCAAGGGAUUUUUGUUUGAGCAAGGCAUAAUGCGGAGCUUUACUAGAGAGCAGCUGCUGUUGUUAGACUAUUCGCAACAGCUGAAAAGUCUGGAAGUCAAGCAAGCGCAACUUAAAGCAGCAUUAAAUCAAAAGAGUGUUAGAGCAGGUUUAGUAGCUAAAUUUUGGGAGUCUGAAGUGCAUGAAGGUGUAAUCGAUAUGUUUAAAUUAGUAGAAGACAUUAAUGAGUUUACAGAAGACUUGGAGAAUAAUCCACAAAGCAUUGAUUGGCAAUUGUUUCGUGCAAAUCUACAAAAAAUACAUCGUUACUACAAAAGUAAUUUGGAAGAAACGGAAGAAGCUCUCGAAACUAACUUGGAAGAUACAGUUUUUACGCCUGAGUCUGAAUUGGCGCUCAAGCUAAUCGAAGCAAAUCAUAAUGCGACUGAUAUACUAGACCCACUGAAUAACAUUAUAAUGCGCACUAGAAGUCUACGCAAGAAUUGGAAGGGCAUCAAGUGUAAGAGUAAACUGCUCUUCAAAUUCUGGAAACUCUUCAAUGCCAAAUAUGAGCAGAGCGAACUGAAGCGUGAAAGGGCCAAUAAUGAAUUGAUGAUUUUGAAAUGGAUGCAGGAGAGCAUACAACGCAAGCUGCAUACGUUCGAGGAGGAAAUUUACACAUCCAAGCAGCAAUUGCAAAAUAAAUGAGCCUCUUUAGUGAAAUUAUGUGUCUGCUCAGGCAACCGCAGGCCCAUUUUAUAAGAAAUCAUCAACAGCUCUUCGCUGCCUUUGCCACAUGGCAAUUUCACUUAUGAGCCGACGUUAACAAUUACACAGAUUAUGUUGGGUACAGGUACUUUGCAUAUUUAAUUACGUAGUUGGACAGAUAUAUACAGACGGUAUUGUUAACGAUGUCUUGUUAUGUAAAAUGCUGUGUGUUUGCUAUAAAAUAUUUAUAAAUUAUCAAGU